AUGGAAUUGAUAUUGAGUAUAAUACAAAAAACUGUUGCACAUAUUUACAGCGCGGAUCAUUUGAAUUAUCAUAUAGAUUAUCCGGAAGGUGCAGGUAUAUUGGAACAGAUUGAAGAAGAACCUAAGACUGAUUUUCAUGCCAAAACACGACGAGAUCAAAUAAAACGGAAAUUACGAAUAGUAUUACCCCACAUUGGUCUUGUAUUACUUUCAACAGCAUAUACAAUUCUUGGUGCUGCCAUAUUCCACCAUUUUGAAAUGCCAUAUGAAGUGCGUAUUCGUAAUGAAACUGCUCAUCGAAUUAAUGCUCUGAAGCAAGAAAUUGUUGAUCAACUAUGGAUGCUCGCACAUGAUGGAAAUAGUACUGGCAAGAUAACAUUCGAGAAUUGGGCUAAAACGGCACAUCUCGGUAUGAAUACUGUAAUACGUGAUGUAUUUAUUGAUUACACGAAGAAUUAUAUGACGCCAGAUGACAUAAUCAAAGGUAUGGGACCAGUAAAAUGGUCAUUUAGUUCCAGUAUAUUUUUUUCAUGGACUGCCAUCACCACCAUUGGCUAUGGUCAUAUCGUACCGCGGACUAGUGAAGGUCGAAUAGCAUGUCUAAUGUAUGCAUUAUUAGGUAUUCCAUUAAUACUGGUCACUAUUGCUGAUAUGAGCCGAUUUCUUUCAGGAAUUUAUGGUUUCAGAAGAAAAAAUUCAAAACCAAAAGCUGUCGCUGCUAAUGAUAUUAUUGGUGCUGGUAAAAAGUUACGACGGUGUAAACGGAAUCAUAUUGAUACAGUUUCAGAAGCCGGCACAUUUGAAGAUAUAUCAGAUAUUCAUACGCAAGAAAGUGAUAAAACACUUUCGGAAGAUACUUGCGCACGAGCGGAUGAAUUAGACGAGUACGAACUUCAUAGAGAGAGACGUGUUUCAGUCUUGUUUGUGCUCGUCAUAAUGAUUGGUUAUACUGCUGGUGGUGCAUGCCUUAUGCAAUUCUGGGAAAAUUGGACUUUUAUGGAGUCGUUUUAUUUCUGCUUCGUUACUGUAACAACGAUUGGUUUUGGAGAUAUUGUACCUCAAAAUGGAGAAUUUUUGCCAGCAACGCUCAUGUAUAUUAUUAUUGGCCUUAUUAUCACAACAAUGUGCAUUGAUUUGGUAGGCAGUGAGUAUAUACGUGAUAUUCAUUUUUAUGGACGAAGUUUGGGACGAAGUUUUAUGACAAUUGGCGGUAAGGUCGUGCAUCUUGGAGAGGUUUUUGGUUAUGUAGCAUUUCUUCAAAAAAAUUACGGUCUUUCACCAGAUCAAAUUAAUAAGUUAGCUCAAUUACCAGAAGAAUAUUUAUUGCAAUGUUUGAUCAAUGGAAAACAGCCUGAUCUAAGUUGGAUCGGUAGUCGUCCUUAUGUGCCACCAGAUAUCUAUUACUUUAAAUGGAUUGAACAUCCACGUACACUUUCUUUCGUAUCUGAAAGAGUAUUAGCAAGCAUGGAAUCACUGGAUCUGAAUACUAGUAAAUGUAGUACAGGUAGAAUUUUGACACCGCGGGAAUAUUAUCAAAGAAUUUUGUUACAAUACUGCCGCCAGAUGCAACCUGAAAAUCAACGUCAAUACUAUGAACGUCAAAAAGAUGUUGAGCAUACGCGAGUAUGA